UUCCGCUUCUGUAAAAGACUGGGUGCGCAUCGAGAACCUCAUUCAUUCGCAACCACCUGCUCACCGAAGAAGCACCUAAGGAGAUACACCGAACGGAGGGUAGUGGUAGCGCAGCAAAAACCGGGACAACAAACAACCAGAAUUAACGGUAGACUCUAAGAGUAGCGGAAGGAAGAAGAAGAAGAAGAAGAAACGACGCGAAUCGAGCUCGAAACUUGACCGGAGAACCGCAGAAGAGAAAUUUUACCAAGAUGAUGAAGACCGCGAAUAAAUCUUUCGGAACAUUUCUCCGAUCUUUUGUCUGCGCGACGUUUCUGGUGGCCAUUUGUUUAUCGACGGAAGCAUCGGCCAAACGGGGUUGUUCCGCGUUCGGUCAUUCCUGCUUCGGGGGUCACGGUAAAAGAUCCGAGCCCUCUACUCGUGCCGAAGAAAGCCUGCAAGAUGUUGAAAAUUUGAGUCAGGAUAUUCAGGAUUACGACACACCGCGAGGAGGUGAGGAAGUAUUGAUAGCGGACGGUGGUCAGAUUUAUCAGGACCGUCCAAUGCCACGUUUCCACCGACUCCAGGCACUGAGCCCUCAACAACAACAACAUCCCGCUCACAAUUUGUCACCAUUCAUCAGACAAUGGUUAGCUUCCUACCGUCGCGCGAAUCCCGUCGAUUUCGGUACGAUGUAAGAUAUCCCACGAUAUAAAAAUUGUGUCUCCGAAAUCGAGUGAAAUAUAUGUUACAUAAAAUUGUACGACUUAUGAUAUAGAUUUACAAGAAGAAGAAAAAAAAAAAAAAAUGUAUGAUAAGUUGAUGAAUAACUUGCACUAAUUAUUUGUUAUAAUAUUAUAAAUACGAAUGCCCUAUAAUAUACGCUUGUGCACACUUGUCGUAUUCUAGGUUUCCUUUUCUCUUAUCUUUUUCAUUUACUAGCAAUUAUUUUCCCCCAAGUUCAAUGCCGCUUCUUCAUUGCGGCGAAUAACAUAUCUUGUACGUUUCUCUUAUGGGAACCGAAGUCAGAAUAAUAUUGUACUUAUAAAUAAUAUUCAGAAGCUGGCUGACUACUGUGCCCGUAACGGUGCAUUAAAAUUGCCAUCGAAACGUAAGAUUUUUCAACUUUUCUUUCAACUCUUUUACUUUUCAAUAUUUCUGUUAUCAGCCCGAUUAAUUGCAGGUAAUGGUGGGUUGAUUUUUCAAAGUUCCAUAAAAUUCAAUACGUAGAUAUCGCUCGAUUGGUGAUAAAUAUGUGUAUCGAAAAAGAAUAUCAUUAAGAAUAUCCACUUGAUAAAGAUUAGCAACAGUCAUUUGAAAAAACUCUGUUAUCUGAGCAUGAUGAUAAAAUGUUGGUUGAAUCCACUUAGAAAUACAAGAUGAUCGUUAUACGUGCAGUAUUGUGAGAGAUAAAUAUUACAGUUCAUUUCAAUGAUCAUACAUUUAUUUAUCAAAUUUUAUUAGAUACGAGUGUAAGACGAAAAGAGAGGGAAGCUGAGCACGGUGAAAUUAAUAUUGUAACAGUUGCCAUCUCAUUGUAUGUGGAUAUGUGAAAGAAAAAAAAAAAAAAAAAAAAAUUCUACAAAGAUUUGAAUAAAUAUCAAAAAAUGUUUAACUAA